AAGACAGCAGUAAUGCUAACUCUGGCAAGCAAGUUGAAGCGGGAUGAUGGUGUCAGAGGACCCCGUGCAUCCAACCCAGCUUCUGAUUCAACUCGAAGGGUGUCUGUUCGAGAUAAAUUACUUGUUAAAGAGGUUGCAGAACUUGAAGCUAAUUUACCUUGUACGUGUAAAGUGAAUUUUCCUGACCCAAACAAGCUUCAUUACUUUCAGCUAACCGUAACCCCAGAUGAGGGCUAUUACCAAGCUGGAAAGUUUCAGUUUGAAAUUGAAGUUCCUGAUGCCUACAAUAUGGUGCCUCCAAAAGUAAAAUGCUUGACAAGAAUCUGGCAUCCGAACAUUACAGAGACGGGAGAAAUCUGCCUAAGUUUAUUGAGAGAACAUUCAAUUGAUGGCACUGGCUGGGCUCCAACUAGAACAUUAAAGGAUGUUGUCUGGGGGUUAAACUCUUUAUUUACUGAUCUUUUGAAUUUUGACGAUCCUUUGAAUAUUGAGGCUGCAGAGCAUCAUUUGCGUGACAAGGAGGACUUUCGGAAUAAAGUUGAAGAUUACAUUAAGCGCUAUGCGAGAUGAUGAAGGGAGAUGGAUAGCAGGACCAUGGCUUCCACACUAGAGUUGUCCUUAACUUCAACAACAACAAAACCAGCCCGGAUUGUACUAGUCCUGUGUCCAUGUUGUACUGAAGAAGAAAACUAACUUCAUAACUUGUCCAUGUUAAAAGAAGAGUUCAGCAUAAAUACAGCAAGAAAUUGUGUAUGUUGGUUGAAAAAGUCGUUUGCUUACUUUUAAAAAUGUUUACUCUUCUGAACUGUACUGUAUAUCCUGUUGAUGAGAUAUGCUUGAGAAGUUAAAAGAAAUCACUAUUGAAAUUGUAA